AAAUAAUGCAUUCCGAUCCAAUUUUUGUAUUUAUGGCUUCAAAAGGAUUAUCCGAUAAGUUAAGGAAGAAAGUCAAAGGCAAGAUUUGCUUCAAAGUAAUUAGAGGAUCUGAACAUAAACUUUGGCUAAUUGAUAUUGAUAGCAAAAAAGUAAUACCAGAUACAAGUAAAGAUGCUGAUACCAUUUUCAACAUUUAAGAUGAUGAUAUGGUUUGCUUUUCUAAGGGAUAAACGAAUCUAAGGACAUUGUUUAUGAGAAAAAAGUUAGUCAUAGAAGGAGAGUAUUGAUUUGUAAAUAAUUUAGUUUUGCAAAUGCUAUUCGAUUCACUAGUGAUUUAUUACCAAAAAUGCCUUUACUAUGA